CAAAAAGAUGGUUUGCUAUUUGAAGUUUCUUCUGCUGGCAGUUAUUUUGUUCCUUAGUAUUGACUGUAUCGUGGGUCCGCCAUAUAGAAAAUGCGGUGAAGGACUCGGGUUUUGUACUCCAGUUCGGAACCGUUGCAAGGUCAUAGCUCCUCCCACUGAAUGCCGUGACCAGGAGAAAUGCUGUUCGAGGAAUGUUGGUUCGGGCUAAAAUGAUUUUAUUUAUGAAGUAAAAUCUUUAUUCAGACAUUAUUGUCAUGAUCCUAUGAAUAACUGAUAUAUUCAUUUCAUUUUUUUUGGGAAUU